AAAAUUUAGUGACCCCUCAAGAAAUCUUAUUUGAUGAUAAUGACGAAUAUAUUAAUAAUCAAAAUAAUUAUAUAAUAAAGGAAAUAUUAUAUAAAAAACCUGGAACAGAAGCAACUUGGAUAACAAGGCACAUAAAAUUUCGCCAUUUCCUUCCUUUGGAAUAUAUCCAAGAACCAAAAAAUUCUAAAGAUCUUUCAGUAAAAAAAAUUUUUUUGGACCUCUACUUUGAUGACUUCGGGACAUACCGUACAGUUUAUCAUUCCCUAGGUGGUAUAUAUGUACAAGUUGGUAAUAUGCCUUUUGACUUGCGAAAAUUAUUAAAAAAUCAUUUUGUUAUUGGGUUCGUUCCUUUUGGUGCUUCAUUUAAUGAAUUCAUAAAACCCUUUAUAAGAGAUAUCCAGUUAUUAGAAAAAGGAAUACCAAUGAAGAUCAAUAAUAUAGAAUAUUUAAUAAUAGGUGGUUUAGGAGUUGUUACAGCAGACUUACCUCAAGGAAAUGAUCUCUGUGGCAUAAAACGACAUGGCGCAAAUCAUGGGUGUCGCAAUUGCCUUGUACCUCGAGAACAAUUAUCUGAUAAAAAUUAUGAUCGUCUUCAAAAUGCCCGUUAUUUUCAUCAGAUAAAAAAAUUACGACGACAAUAUAAUUUAUUAAAAAGUGUACAAGAAAAAAAAGAUUUUGUGACGAGACAUGGAAUAAGUAUUCAACCUUCACCUUUUUCUUAUUUAAAAUUUAAUCCAUUUCAACAAAUACCUCAAGAUGCUUAUCAUGCUGUUUCUGGAAAAAUCGCCCGUCUGAUGGAAAUAACAAUUGAUUUAUUAUCUGAAA